ACACCAUCAAUUUUAUUCUGUGCACUCCAUUGUCAAAAAACUUUAUUUUGAUUUUUGAUUUGUGUUGCAAAAUUUGACUAAAAAUAAUUAAAAACAUCAAUUUCAUCAAUAAUCUAAUAGUCCAUAAUGCCGAAAGUUGUUUCAAGAAGCAUUGUAUGCUCGGAUACGAAAGACCAAGAGGAAUACAAUGAAACAAAGCCGCUACACAUUUACUACUGUAUUUGCGGUCAAAUGUCCCUUAUUUUGGACUGCACGCUGGACAGAUUACCUUUACGACCUACGGAUGGUGCUAGAGUCAUCGACGGGUCCAAACACGCUCACAAAAUCACCUCAGACCCAGACGAAACUGUAUAUUUAAAGCGCGAAAAAGGUAUCGAAAGACAGUAUAGGUUGAAGUGUAAAAAGUGUGCUGUGCCUCUUUACUACAAGCAUGAUCAAGCUAGCAAUGUUGUUUUUAUCAUGAACGAGGCGUUAGUGGCCACAGCAGGUGAAGGAACAGUCACUGAUAUAUAUAAACAAGUCGCCUUAGCGCAACCUAAGAAAAUAAUGGUGACCAAACACACUAAAAACAUGGGAAAGUUCAGUUCUGUGACUGUAUCGACUAUUGAUGAAGAAGAAGAUGAAAUCGAGGCGAGGGAGGUAGCUGACAGCUAUGCGAACAAUGCGAGGAUCAUUGAGAAGCAGUUGGAAAGGAAGGGUAUGAACAAACGUCAGGCGGAGACUCCUUCCCACAGUAUGGAGAAGAGAGUCAGAGGGACUUUAAUUGAUAAGUAGAUUUAUACUAUGACUAAACGAUUUCAAAUAUAAUAUGAAGACUUUGUGACUG